ACUGGAUAAGUUAUGCUAGGUACAAAGUGUCGUCUGCUUCUAUCAGCGCUUACCGGUAGUUGUUUGCCAAUUUGCUCCACCGGCUCUCAAAUAAACGUACAAUAUGAAAAGGAGAUGGUCCUCCCAUCCAACACUUUGGUUCUGGGCACCUCACCAAGCAUGAGCCCUAAUUAUUUGAUGACCCUUUGAUAUUGUUGUCUACUAAGGCACCACCAUCACGGCCAUUGAACUUUAUCAGACACAAUGCAAGUGGUGUAGUGCAGGGCAUACGACCUAUCAACUUAUUUUUCAGUCGGCAAGGUGUAUACCAACAUCCAAAUCGCGACAUUAAUGUGCUGAAAGCUACACCUUUUUUUCCUGGUUGACGAAGGCAUGAGAGAGACGACAUCAUGGGACAAAUGUAUGGCGCCGGUUAUAUCCUCUGCCCAACGACACCGAGUGACACAGGUGCUGCCUCUUCAUUUACAACUGAGGGGUUUUCUAUCUGCUAUAGAGAAGGCCUGUGCAGGCAUGGAGCCCUUGACAGUGGAUGAUGACAUUUGCAUCCUCAAACAUGAGACGGCCUACACUGCGGUUGGUGAGAGUCCUGUAUCAGUGUGUGCCGGGGAUGAAUCUGUUGCUUCCCACUUCGCCCUGGUCACGGCCUACGAGGACAUCAAGAAGAGGCUUAGAGACACAGAGCGAGAGAAUACCUUGCUGAGGAAGAGGGUUAAACAGCUGGAGGAUAAGCUCUUCAGGCCAGAGGCUCCUCCAUCAGAGGGUCCCCAGUACGUGAACAAGGCCUUCAGUGCUUACCGAGGUAUCUAUAUAGAGAAGGAGGACCUGCAGAUGGAGCUUAACAAACUGAAAAAGGAAAAGAGUGAGAGUGAGAGGUUGCUGACGGAGCAGCUACAGGCCAAAGAGUUGGAGCUCCUUCAGCUGAGGACGGAGAUGGAGACCAGCCAAGUGAUGAAGAGCCUGAACAGCCCUCAGGACUACUGGCAAGUGAACAUGGUCAGCACUGAGCGGAAGAUCCAAAAACUGCAGGAGGAGCUGAAGAGGGUGACACUGGAAAACAGUAGACUGCUGGAGAGAAGUCGGGAGGAACCUCAAGGUCUGAAUGGACCAGGCUUGGACCAGACCUGUGACGCAAAAUUUAAUGCAAGGCAGAGCAGCAUGCAGCAGACUUACGAGGCCUUGUGCUGCGAAGUCACUCGUCUCCAUUCAGAGCUGAAGCACCAAACGGGCCUGAUUAGGAAACUCAGGCCGCUCAUUAGUGAGACAAGACAAGACUCAGGAGACCCUCUCAUGAAGAGUAGCAGGGAGGGAUGGAUGGAGAGAGCUGCCCCAACAGUUCCAAUCCAGUGUCUUGACGAUGUGGAAAAGAACAACAACCACGCAGUUCCACGGGCAUCAGUGCCUCGUCCCCCUAGUGCCCCCCCGCUCCCCUCAUGCUCCGGCCGCCCAUGUCCCCCUGCUGGCGUGCCGUCAGGCUCCCUGCUACCAGACAGUCUGAGGGAGGACUGCUGGUACAAUGGGCCCUGGCCCUCCCAGAGCUGUUCAGGAGAGGCUCUGGUUGGCAGCGACACCUGCUCUGCUGUCCUGCCCCCGCCUCCCCUGAACCAGGCCUCCUUAGAUGACAGUUCGCGGUCCUUCCCCAGCCCCCCAAAACCCAGUGAUGCUAUGUUCUGGGAGGGACAUGCCACUGCAUCCAACUCAUCCUCAAUUGGUAACUGCACCCCCAGGAGCCCUCCCAAUGCUGAGUGGACCAAGCCCUAUUGAGAGGAACUUUGAUGAAAGGAUAGAUGAUUUAAAAGUGUAACUGUAUGGAAAAUAAACGAAUGGAUGAAUGAAUGGACACACCAACCCUGCCACAUAGCUACCACCUAACCUGCCUUAAGUUGAUAAGACCACUCCUCUGGGCUGGGCUGGACCUACUGGUUGUGGGAACUGACUGAGGCCAGAGGAGGCUUUUUUGAGGUAAACACUCAUCUGUCAUCUCUGCACACCGCAUCGGUGAACAUAUCUGACUUUGCAGAAGAAAAUUUGAUGAGCCCUUCAGAAGAAUAGUUUGUCUGUGCGUAUGUGUCCUUGUAUGCACAUGCAUACAAGCAGUCUUGUUUGUGUGUGCAGAUAUACACACAUCAAACAGAGUGUGCCUGCGUGUGCAGAUCAGUGUGUGGGCAUCUUUCGCCUACCUGUGUCUGUAUCGUCAUAAUAAACCUAAUAGGGCUCAAAGGGCCUCUUUAUCCAUUCAUUGUGGCCAGUGAUUACUGAGGACACAGCAUAAUACUAGAAUUUGUAAAAUUGUACUCCAAUGCAAGUCUUUAUACAUUUGAUCUUCUGUAAAGUAUACAAGGUACAUAGUCCCAUGUGUCUCAUGAUCAUGCGGAGGAGAUGUCUAGGGAUAAAAACUUGGUGUGAUUGUUUUUGAACUGUGGUCAGGACAGACAUACAGUAACUGUAGGAUAAUCACAGAUUUUUGUUCCAAAUUUUAACAGCUACCAAAUGAAAACUUGAGUUUUACGAUCAGUGUAAAAGUCGGUCAACCUGCCUGUGCUGACCAAAUCAUUUUUCAGAGUGCUUUCGUACACUAUUUGGAUUUUGGAGGACUCCACAUUGAGUAGGAAAGUAUUGUGAUUAAUCUUUAAGUGUCUUUGGCUUUCUGAAAUAAAGCACUCCACCCUCACUAGCACCACAAAGGUUCAGUUGUUGAUGAUUUCACGGAAAUUCCACAAGUCCAGCAAGACUCCUUAAAGCUAGCUGUUAUCAAACAUUCAGUUAUCUCAGAACUACUGUCAGAAAAUAUCUGUUGUUUUUUUUUCUCGGUUGCAAAGGGACACGUAGAUGUGAGGCUGUGCAUACUUUGAGGUUUUUCUGUAGGAUGAAGCGAAAGAACUCUUGGAAAAGGCGUCAUGCACUCCCGUAUUUGAAACUUUUAUUAAGUUGGAAACCUGCUGGAGUUUGUGGAGAUUUUAAAUUACGGAAAAUGUAUCUAAACUCUGUACUGUGCUGAUGUUAAUCUUUGACACAUUUGUUUUGCAAUAUGAUAUAAGCUGUGUUAAGAGAGACGUUUCUCGUGGAGUUCUCUUUUUAAGAGCCAGAUGAGUAUAUGUACAAGGGAAAAGGACAUUAUGAGUAGAAGAUAUACAGAAGGAAGAAUGUGCAUAUUUGUAUAAAUGUAUAUGGUGGGCUUCAGUAUUCUACCAAAAGCUGUUUUGCACUCCAAACUGUAAGUUUUGUGUUUUUUUUCCUCCCCCAUCCCAAAGACUUCUGAUGUGUAUAAGUGCAGUCAGUGAUGGUGGCAAGACAAUAAGUCUCAUGACCUGAAGAAAUGUGAGCUGUGACUUGAAAAAUAGGUGCACAAAGCACAAAGGCCCACGUUUGUUGAAAAGGCUUUUUGUUGUUCCAUUUCCUUCAGUCUGUUUCAUGAUAACUGUGGUCUUUAUUUUAGUUUUUAAGAAAUGUUAUUUUACAGCAGUAGUUUCAUACUUCUGUAAAUGUUUUCCAAACCAAAAUGCAAUGUACAGUAGAUAUUGAUUAUAUUUUAGAUUUACUGCACUUCGGACUGUUUGUAAAUAUGAUCAAUUAAAUGAAAGAAAGAAA